UCCAAAAUUACUCGUCUGUCUAUGAAUUUUAUGAUCGAAUGAAUGCACUGAAGAACAAGGUCUGAACGAAAUUGGCAAAGUCUGUCCGCCGGAUUGAAGUGGCGCAUCAUUUCGAUUCAUCCACUCAAUUUCACCGGCAAUCUCAUCCUUUCUCUUUUUCAUCGCCCAUCAUCUCCAGCAGCAACAGAUUUUUGCUUCUUUCAUGAUCUGAUUUCCUGGAUAACCGAUACUUUAGCUGAUCGUUGAACGAACGUUUUCUACAAACCAUUAGCAAUUACUCAAUAAAAGUAAUAAUUGAUGGUUCCUCUUUCGGUAUACGAACCCUAAUUGCUCCUAUUUGGGACAAUGGUGGUAACAGUGAGGUUGCUUACAGAUGAUCUUCUUUGUUUCGUCUUCUCUACUUUCGUGAACCCUAAUUAUUCAACUUUACUCGCUCUUCGCCAUGGACAUGGACCAGAUAAACCAUUCCACGGCGGAAAACAUUAGCAAAGCCGUGGUUACUUCCAGAAAGAAUCCGCCGGAAAGGGUUGCUUCUUCGUCGUCUUUGAAGGUUAUACAGUGGGAGGAUUUCGAGCAUGAGCUUGCUAGAUUGCUUAGUCUCUCUUCUGCUCUUAAUGAAGUCAAGCAAAAGAAACUCUUACUUCAUCAGAAGCUUGAUUCUCUCACGCAGGUGAAUGGAGAAUCUAUCAGUCGGUCAAAUGAGCUAGAUGAGAUGCGUGAGAAACUGGAAUACAGAAAACUGCUGAUGGGAAACAUGUCAAUGCAUUCAAAAAUCAUACAAGAGAACGUAAAAAGUGAAAAAGAUAGAAUUAGUAGUGAAAUACGAUCCUUAGUCGUUGCCGGAAGCGCUCUUUCUGUUGCCAGCAAGGGCCUGCAGGAAUCUACUAGAUCACUUAGUGGGGAAGGAGGAGGAUAUGCAAAUCUGAGAAGCUUGCUGAAGCUGCUAAGAGUUAGGCAACAGUAUAUGAUAUCACAAGUUUCAUUGCUUUAUCCUGUAAAGGUGGUGAUUGGGCAUACACGUGAACAGGAACUUGAGUCAUUUAGAAGCAAUAGAGGAAGCAGUGGUGAAGCGAAAGGUAUUGAUGAAGGAUCCAUAACUAUUUCAGGUCUGUAUCUGACAAUGCAACCUUUCAAGAAGAUGAGCCUUUUCACUGAUAAGAAGGAGGUACAGAGAACUUCGACUGCACUGGGAUACAUCGCACACGCUGUGUUUCUUAUUGGUUCGUACUUACAAGUUCCUCUUCGGUACCCACUGCAGUUGGGGGGUUCUAGGUCAUAUAUACAUGAUCAUGCGUCUUCUUCAUCAGUUGAUGAGCCUACUCCAAGUGAUUCAGCAGCAGCAGCAUCAUCAUCAUCGUCAAGUUUAUUAUCAUCAGUUUCAAGUUUAAAGCCUGCAGAGUUUCCUCUGUUUUUAGAUAGUCAAGAUACAACAAGAGCAGCUUACGCUAUGUUUCUGCUUAACAAGGAUAUAGAACAGCUGUUGAAUUUCAUUGGGAAAAGAAGCUUGGGGCCACGCCAUGUACUGGGAAAUCUAAAGGAGCUUUUGAGGACGAUUCUCUCCCCUGAAUACAUCGUCAAUACCUAGUAACACAAAAGAGAGUUCCUUCCCAUAUGUAAAAUGAUUGGGUUAUAUAAUUCUUUAGCAGGGUUGCCAUAUUUGUUCUUUUUUCUUUUUAAAAUAUUGCACCUUGCAUGACAAUGUGUGUGGGUGGGUCUUAAAUAGUGUUGGAUCUUAUUGUAGAACAGUGGAUAUUGACAAAAGUUCACAAGAAAGUUACUCAUUCAUAAGAAAUUGUUGCAAUAAUAAUGAUACAACAAUAGUCAAUAAGUUGUACAGAAG